CAAUUUAGGAUACACUACCUUUUAACUGACUGAGCACAGACCGUUAGACACUCGUGGUGUGUAUUGCAGCUAUCGGAGACAAGUCAGACAGCCGACAUCAGAUGCUCUUUUUUCCCUUUUUUUACUGCAAUAGCAUAAUAAUACAUGGAAAACGUUUGUGGUGGAAGAGGACGACGACGAAAUAAACGAUUUGAUGCUUGUUGCUUUAAAUCUGCGCCUGCUCAAUCUCAACUGGUCUAUGCGCUAUGAGCAAUCUGGCGGUGCAGACUAAAGAACAUUCAUCUGCGACUCAAUUUUUUUCCUUUCCAUCCAUCCCUCCUCUCCUCUCCGAACCAUUAAUCUCCCCUUCUCCAGACUUCACAUCCGGUUCACCCGCUAGUAGCCUAUCUUCUGUGUCUUGCCUGUGUGUGUGUGUGUGACGGCCUGAUUCUCCACCGAGCUGUACUGCAGACCCCCUACCUGAACGCGCUGCGUGCUAGACGGAUACUACACCCGGCGUGCAUCGGUGAUGGAGCUACCGUGUGCGCUCUGAGCUGGUGGGAGCCGAUCUGUAUGACACAAAGGCCGGGAUGAGACGAUAGGCUAUCGGAUGGGCGCCCCGGUUUGGUGAUACUCGCUCAACGAUGUCCAAGAGUCUGACGAAGAAAAAUCACUGGACCAACAAAGUCCACGAAGCGGUCGUCACCAGGAGCAUAGAGGGAGAAUUUGGCUUCGAGCUGAAGGGGGGCGCGGAGAUUGGGCAGUUCCCCUACUUCGGGGAGGUGAAACAAGGAAAAGAGACCGUCCAGAGCGGCAAGCUGGCCCAGGAUGAGUUGCUGCUGGAGGUCAACGACACGCCGGUGGCCGGGCUCACCACCCGGGAUGUUCUGGCUGUCAUCAAACACUGCAAAGAUCCGAUCCGCUUCAAAUGUGUCAAACAAGGGGGCAUGGUGGAUAAGGACCUCCGGCACUACCUCAAUCUGCGCUUCUCCAAGGGUUCCGUGGACCACGACCACCAGCAGAUCAUCAGAGACAACCUCUACCUCCGCACCGUACCCUGCACCACCAGGCUGCCGAAGGAGGGAGAGGUGCCGGGGGUGGACUAUAACUUUGUGAGCGUGGAGCGCUUUAUGGAACUGGAGCAAAGCGGAGCCCUACUAGAGAGUGGAACCUAUGAAGAGAACUUGUACGGUACUCCCAAGCCCCCAGCCGAGCCCAGUCCGGCGGCCCCUCCCUUGAAUGUGAGUGAGGCGCUGCUGCCCGGAGCCUGGCCCAGCGCCCAGGGCAAGAGGAAGAGGAACCAGUCAGUUAGCAACAUGGAGCAGCGAGCCAGCCUGGAGCUGCCUGAGGAGGAGGACUGCAGCCCUCCCGUGGUCAACGAGAAUGGCGUGGCCAUCACGCCAGAGUCAAGCGAGCAUGAGGACAAGAGCACGGACGUGUCUGAGGAGGUUUCUAUGAUGGAUGUCCUCACCCUGCCCCCUCCCUUCACUGAGCCCCCCACAGAGGGAGAGGAGUCCCCCGAGCAGGAACCCCCCAAAUCGCCCCCCAAACUCCCCAAAGGAGAUGAGGAGGAACUGGGACCCCUACCCGACAACUGGGAGAUGGCCUACACCGAGAAAGAAGAGGUCUAUUUCAUAGAUCACAACACCAAAACCACGUCAUGGCUGGAUCCUCGGCUGGCAAAGAAGGCCAAACCACCUGAGGAGUGCAAAGAGGACGAGUCGCGGCUGAACGACGACAUUAAUAACAUACAGCAUACGCUCUAUCGGCAGGACAGAACAGAAGCCUCUGAACUGCCGUAUGGCUGGGAGAAGAUCGAUGACCCUAUCUAUGGCAGUUACUACGUAGAUCCUGUUCCUUGCAGCCACAUCAACAGAAGGACCCAGUUUGAGAACCCCGUCUUGGAGGCCAAGAGACGACUGGAGCAGCAGCAGAUGCAGAACCAGGGACUGUCAGCUCUGCCUUUACCUACUAUAUACAGAGAGAAGCCCCCAUUCACGAGGGACCCCACCCAGCUGAAGGGCUCCUUUCUGUCCACGGCUCUCCAGAAGAGUAACAUGGGCUUUGGCUUCACCAUCAUUGGAGGGGACGAACCGGAUGAGUUCCUGCAGGUCAAGAGUGUCAUACCCGAGGGCCCCGCUGCACAGAACCAGAAGAUGAACACAGGUGAUGUCAUCGUCUACAUCAAUGACACCUGCUGCCUGGGCACCACUCACGCCGAUGUGGUCAAACUCUUCCAAUCUGUUCUCAUUGGACAAAGCGUCACCCUGGUCCUCUGCCGGGGCUACCCCUUGCCUUUUGACCCCGAGAACCCCAGCGGGGCGUCCGCCGGAGAGUCCCUGACCCCCGUUGGCAUGGAACACCACCCCAUGGUGGUGAACGGGCGUAGCAGCUACAACCAUUACCUGGAGUACCUCUCCCUGAGCUCUCAGCUCCCUUCACAGGCUCUAGCCCAGCCAGGGGAACCCCACCCUGGGGACACCCACCUGGAUGGGUCCUCAUUGCCGCCCACCGACCCCGGGUCCGCUCCGGCCGUGACGCCGCGCGACGACAAUGUCUCCAUAGUGUCGUCAGGGGCGACGGGGAUAGCCGGGGGCGUGAUCCAGGGGGCGGAGCUGCUGACUGUGACUAUGGUGAAGAGGGCGGAGGGGUUCGGGUUCACCAUCGCCGACAGCCCCACGGGGCAGCGGGUCAAACAGGUGUUGGAGCCGGUUGUGCAGGACGGAGUGGGUCUGAGUGAAGGAGACCUGAUCCUGGAGGUGAACCAGCAGGGUGUGACGGGGGCGGGACACGGCCGUGUGGUGGAGCUGCUCAAAGAGUGUCCUGUCGGAGCAGAGGCCACGCUACUCAUACAGAGAGGAGGAGGGGAAGGUCACGUCUCUCCAUGGAACACCUCCAAACAGAUACCAGAGCAGUGGGACCCCCAUGGAAGUCCCCAGACUUGCUUGUCAGCCCCAGUGCUUCCCCCCGGCACACCCUUCUCUACCCAGUCACAGCAUCGCACCUCGGUCCCCGACUCCACAGAGGGCUUCGACCUCAACAAACCCGACCCAUAUGACCUCUAUGAGAAGUCCAGGGCCAUCUACGAGAGUAGACGUCCAGAGUACCAGGAGGUGGAAGUUCACCUGUUGAGGGAGAAGACUGGGUUUGGCUUCCGCAUCCUGGGGGGAGACGAGGCCGUGCAGGCUGUGAGUCCGGACGCCCGCGACAAGAUUGUGAUUGGGGCGAUCAUAGAGAACACUCCUGCAGAGCGCGAUGGACGUCUUCGACCUGGGGACGAGCUCAUCUCCGUGGAUAAGAUGGUGGUUGCUGGGAAACCACACAGAUACGUGAUCGACCAGAUGCACGCCGCUGCACACAACGGUCAGGUCAGCCUGAAGGUCCGGAGGAGAGUCCACUUCCUCAGUGAGGUGUUAGGGGUGAACGGCCGUAGCCCUGGCUCCGUGUCCCCGCAGCACAAUUCCCCGCGCAGCGACGCCGCCUCAGCUUCCUGUCCCGUAACCCCCGGCAAUGUCCCGCCACCAUCCACCGCCUCCCCUCCGGAGGGCGCCGUCCCCCUGCAUACCAGUGAUGUCAUCAUCCACCGCAAAGAGAACGAGGGCUUCGGCUUUGUCAUCAUCAGCUCGCUGAACCGACCGGAGAACACAGCUGUCAUCACUGUGCCCCACAAGAUUGGGCGUAUCAUCGAGGGCAGCCCAGCGGAUCGCUGCGGCCGCCUGAAGGUUGGCGACCGGAUCCUGGCCGUCAACGGGCAGUCCAUCAUCAGCAUGCCCCACGCCGACAUCGUCAAGCUCAUCAAAGACGCCGGACUCAUCGUCACCCUGCACAUCAUACCGGAGGAAGAUCCCCACUCGAGGCCCAGCUCAGAGAAGCAGAGCCCCAUGACCCAGAAACACAGCCCCCAGGCCCAGCCCAGCCCCAUAGUCAACCAGCCCAGCCAAGGAGCAUCCCAGCCUGGUCAUGCACCAGCCCAGCCAGGCCAGACAACCACCACCCAGGAAGGCCCAGCACCACCAGCUCUGCCCGGCCAAACACCAGACCAGCCAGGCCAAGUACCAGCAGCAGCCACGCAGCCUACCCCAGGAGCGGCCGCCCAGCCCAGCCCGGCAGGGACCGAGCCGAGCCCGGUCGCCCAGCCACCCGGCCACCCUCCCCCGCUCUACCUCCACGACGGCAGGUCAGAGGUGAAAGCCAGGCAGGACGUGAAACCGGAUAUCCGCCAGCCUCCGUUCACCGAUUACCGGCAGCCCCCCGUCGACUACCGGCACCCUCCGGUGGCUGAUUACCGGCAGCCGCCCACACUGGAUUAUCGUCACCCUCCUCCCCUCAUCGACUACAGACAACACUCGACAACACUCGCUGCACAGUUCCCUCUAGCACAGUUUCCACCUGACUUCAGACCACAGGACUUUGACUACUUCACGGUAGAGCUGGAGAAGAGUGUGAAGGGUUUUGGCUUCAGUAUCCGUGGGGGACGGGAGUACAAGAUGGAUCUGUUUGUUUUGCGGCUUGCAGAGGAUGGGCCAGCCAUCCGCAAUGGCAGAAUGAGGGUGGGGGAUCAAAUCAUUGAGAUAAAUGGCGACAGUACCCGGGACAUGACUCAUGCCCGGGCCAUCGAGUUGAUCAAGGCGGGGUGCAGGCGGGUGAGACUGUUGCUAAAGAGAGGCACGGGACAAGUGCCUGAGUAUGUAGACGGUGCCUCCCCCUGGGAUACCCUUCCUCCAGCCCUCUCUGCCCUGCAGGAAGUGACCCUUGACCCCCAGCAGCCGCCCACCUCAUCUCUCUCAUCCCAUCCAGCCUCCACCCUAGACUCCCCCCACCAGCUCUCUCUAGAGGCCUCACCGCGUACGGCAGCCCAGGCUCCAGACCCCAGCUCCACGAGAGGGGCUACAGGUGGCAGGUCCCAAACCAAGUGCACUGUCCGGGAGCAGGAAACCCCACAUGGGCCUGGGUAGGUGGAGGGGGGACCCCAAGAGCCCCAGCCUACGCUGCGGUCCCCCAACGCUCUGAGGGAACUCAGCGGAGAGGAUGGAGAGCAGCAGCACCGGCGCCCCUGGUGGGGAGAGUGCACACACACCCACGUAGGCUCCGAACACUGCCUUAUGGCCCUGGGACUCUUCCUACCUGAGUGUGAGUCUGAACGGAGGCGGUGGAGAUUGGUUUACUGGUAUACACUGGACCAGACCACUUCUGACCAGGUUGGACUGGCUGGCUCUUCAUAGGCUCCCAAAUCCAACCCACCACUCACACCAUCAGAUACAAGAGGGAUCUCUCUCUCUCUACCUCUCUCUCUCUCUCUCUACCUCUCUCUCUACCUCUCUCUCUCUCUCUACCUCGCUCUCUCUCUCUCUCUCUCUCUCUCUCUCUCAAGAUGAUUACAACCCACCACCUUAAAAACUGAAAGAUAUAUUACAGUUGUGUGUGUAACCAUAAGUGCGUUGGUUUUGACCGAGUUUGGAAAACCCUUGGUUAUGUUACUAGAAAUAGACUAGAUUCUCAGUGGCGAGUUUAGCAUGCAAAUCUUGGUGGGGCAAAAGAAAAAAAAAAAGUGGGAUGCAUGCCAGCAAAGCAGUUAGGUCCUACAUAAACCUGUACCAACAGCAGUCCCAACAUCUUACCACUGCUACACCUGGUUAUCAGCGGAGCCUUGUAUGGCAGCGAAACAGUUCAUUCAGACUCAUUUACUGCCUUUUAAAAAAACAUAGCUGAUAUGGCUGACUUGCUUAAACACGUGUGGUUUCUAAUGACAACUGAGAUGUACAAACUAUGCCAUAAGGGGACGACAAGCGGAUAAGAGUCUAUCGUAAUUUCAAUUAAGACAUUAAUUAGCUACUAACAUCUUACUACACAACAUACACUUAGUAUUACUUUCUUAGCUACAGUAUACAUAUCGCCCUGGCAUAUUACAAAAUGUAUGCAGCAACAUACAAUACAUUUUUGGACUCACCUUGUUGUGCUGUGCUCACUUGAACAGGAAGGUGGCGUCGCGGUCCUUGGUGGGCAAAUUUUGUCAUCAAACUCUGAUAAUCUCUGGAUUUAUGGUGCUUUCAAAACAAAAAAAAACAAGGUUGAAUCAUGAUGACGUCAUUGAUCUUCAGGUCGUAGCUCUAGAAAGAGGCCAGAUUUACAAUACCGAGUUGGAUGACCGUUCAAAAAGUAUUUUUCCAGUCGGAGCUCGUUUAUUCCCGACUUCCCAGUUAACUUGACUUCAGUGAGUUCAAGACUUCACAGUUCCGAGUUAACAUUUGUUUCGAGGGCAGCACAAAUCAUGCUUCAUUGAUAGCAUGGCCAAUGUUGAAUGUUUAUCAUUUUAAACUUGGAAAAGAGCCACUUAAUCCCAGAUUUGGGACCACACAGCCACUGAUUCCUUCCAAACCACUCAUUGUUGAUUUUGCAAUUUCCAAUUUGUCGUGUAAUGUUUAUGUCCAAUGGCCGAUGGGCACCGAUAUGUUUCAUCUAUAAUUUCUCUUCAUUAUUUCUCUUCAUAUGACCAGGAUUAAAAAGGAUUCGCCAGUA